AUGACAUCGAAAAUUUCUCGUGAAUGCUUUGUGCGGGUCUCACAGGCCAAGGAAAGCGAGUGCCCAGAAUCCAUAAAACUGCAGAUUGGACUUAAGGACUAUGAUUCCGAAAAAUGCAAGCGCUUUUAUGGAAGUGCUUUAUUACAUCACCUUGCAGUUCCCCAAAUAAAGGUGUGCGUGUUAGGAGAUCAAAGGCAUUGUUACCAGGCCAAGAGUAUUGGAGUUGAUAGCUUGGAUGUGGAAGCUCUCAAGAAAUUUAACAAGGAUCAGAAGUUGGUUAAGAAAGUGGCCAAAUCUUACAAAUUACAAGGGGCUGGGUCCUGGUUUCCUACUCCUCUGACCCACAUGGAAUCGAUGUCUACCAAAAUCAAAAUUCUAACCACCAAAAUGAAAAAGGUGGCUUGCCUCUCCGUUAAUGUUGGACAUGUGGGCAUGCCUGCAGAGGAACUGAUCCAAAACAUAAGCAUGUCGGUCAAUUUUCUCGUAUCUCUGCUGAAGGACAACUGGCAGAAUGUGCGUUCACUUCAUAUAAAAUCAUCCAUGGGUGUGCCACAUCGACUCUAUUAGAUGGCGGUAUAGCUUAACUUAAAUGGGAACAGUA